CAGGACACCGCAAUGUCCGCGUACCCCCUCGCGAGUGGCAUGGCGGGCUUCGCAGGGGGCGGGCUCCACCCGGGCUACGGGCCCCACGGCGGCGGCGCGGGGUGCGGCGGUGCGAGCUGCAGCACUGCCGGCUGCGGCAGCUGCGGCGCCUCUGCGUGCGGACACCGCAAUGUCCGCGUACCCCCUCGCGAGUGGCAUGGCGGGCUUCGCAGGGGGCGGGCUCCACCCGGGCUACGGGCCCCACGGCGGCGGCGCGGGGUGCGGCGGUGCGAGCUGCAGCACUGCCGGCUGCGGCAGCUGCGGCGCCUCUGCGUGCGGCACCGGCGUGGGCGGGUGGACGUACGGCGUCGUGCCGGAGGGAUGUGGGGAUUACGUCGCGACCACGUCCUACAGGUACGUGGGCCACGGUGCCGGCAACGUCUCCCUCUUCCCCGUGCCGGCCCCCGCCAGGGGCUGCAGCUGCUGGUGGUCGCUGUGCCUCAUGUGGCUGCUGCCCCUGCUCCUGCUCCCCCUCCUCUUCGGCAGCACCACGACGACGACGUCCACCACCACGCAGACGUUGCCGCCCCUCACGACCGCGUCGCCGCCCCCAGAGACGCCCCCACCCCUGCCAACUCCCUCGCCGACUCCGCCACUGACGCCGCCGCCGACCCCCUCCACGACGCCAAUCCCUGUCACGGCAGCGCCGACGCCUUCGCCGCCCCAGGGCCCCCGGGGCGUGUGUCGGGUGUUCGGCGACCCACACGUGAAGACGUUCGACGGGACGCACGCGUCUUUCUACAGCGCGGGCGAGUACUGGGUGGUGAGGAGCUCCACGGUCUGGAUCCAGGCCCGCUACGCGCCCACUCCGGUGACGAACGGCCUCUCCGUCGUCAAAGAGAUCGCCAUCGGCGGCCCCUUCCUGCAGAGCAGCUCGGGCCAGAAGAACGUGCUGCGCAUCUCCGCCCUGACGGCCUCCUUCAAUGGGCAGCCCAUCAUCACAGGCUUCCCGGACCAGUUCAGCAGCGCGGACCCGGCGAUCCGUGUCGUCACCGACGGCUCCGGCGAGGUCCUGCAGCAGGGCAGGCAGGGCAAGGACAUGCACGUGGUCCACGUGUCCCUCCCGCUCGCCGUGGAGCUGCAGAUCAACCGCUGGAACGAGCCGGGCGAGGGGGACUACCUCAACGUGAAGAUCGAGAUGUCGAAGCAGCCGCAGCAGGACGGCCAUUGCGGCAACUUCAACGGAAACCCCAACGACGACACCCGCCCGCUGAUCCGCUCGCGAGUCGGCACCACCGGCGUCGAGCCGCAGUUCCUCCUGUUCGGGACCAAGACGCCCGUGGUGGCGCCGAACAGGCCAGACCUGAACGACUGCCCGACCUUGAAGGCAAACCACGCCCGCGACAUCUGCGCGGCGAAGUCGCAGACCCACAUGGCGGAUCACGACUGCAUGGUCGACGUGUGUUUUGGGGGUGACCACUUCGCAGAGCUGACGGACUACGACUGA